GUUUAAGUACGUAUGUGUCUGUAUGCGCACUUCAGUAGUCAGCUUUAAGUUCCAGGCAGUAAGUUUCGUUUAUCUUUGCUCGUAAAGCAAGCAGUUGCGGCAUUUGACAGCUGUUUGCUUGUUGUUGUGGCUCGGCGGAGCAUCUCACUGUAAGCAACAUCGCAGUGAAAGCGCACAGCUGAGAACAAACGCAUGCGUGUAUACGCACCGAGUACAGCGCUUCCAUCUGUUGCAUCCACAUCUGGAUUUUUUUAAACCUCUUAUUCCUGUUACUCUACAAUGAACGCAGUGAACAGUCUUCUUCUCCUGUGGUCUUGGACUCUGGUGCAGGAGUGGACAUUAUGCAUGGGUGAGGAAGAAAACUCAUCACCAACAAAAAGUGUGAAUCCUUGUUGCUAUUACCCUUGCCAGAAUCGGGGAAUCUGUAUGAGAUAUGGGCUAGACCAAUACCAAUGUGACUGCACCAGAACUGGGUACUAUGGGAAAAAUUGCACUAUCCCGGAACUCUGGUCCAGAGUCGUUGAGCUUGUGAAGCCAAGUCCUGAUGUAAUACAUUACAUCCUGACCCAUUUUUACUGGAUGUGGAACCUUAUCAAUAAAACCUUCCUGAGAGACUGGCUCAUGUACAAGGUCCUCACAGUGCGGUCUGAUCUGAUUCCCAGCCCUCCGACGUAUAACUCCAAGUAUGGCUACCUGAGCUGGGAAUCAUAUUCCAAUACCACUUAUUACACCCGAAUCCUUCCUCCAGUGCCACUGGACUGUCCAACACCUAUGGGUGCCAAAGGAAAAAUGGAGCUUCCAGAUCCUAAGCUGUUGGUGGAGAAGUUCUUACUGAGGCGAGAAUUCAGGCCAGACCCCCAGGGCACAAAUUUAAUGUUUGGGUUUUUUGCUCAGCACUUCACUCACCAGUUUUUCAAAACACACAAUCGAAUGGGGCUUGGCUUUACCAAAGGUCUAGGCCAUGGGGUGGAUGCUGGACAUAUCUAUGGAGAUAACCUUCCUCGGCAGCUGAGUCUUAGACUUCACAAAGAUGGGAAAUUGAAGUACCAGAUGAUAAAUGGAGAGAUGUACCCACCUUCAGUGGUAGAGACCAACGUGAACAUGAACUACCCUGCAUCAGUUCCACCAGAAAAGCAAAUGGCUAUUGGCCAGGAGGUGUUUGGGCUUUUGCCAGGUUUAAGCAUGUAUGCCACCCUGUGGCUGCGUGAACACAACCGUGUGUGUGACAUCCUAAAGAAAGAGCAUCCCACCUGGGAAGAUGAGCAACUAUUUCAGACCACCAGACUUAUUAUUAUAGGUGAGACUAUCCGGAUAGUGAUUGAGGAUUACGUCCAGCACCUAAGUGGCUACAACCUAAAGCUGAAGUUCGAUCCAACCCUGCUUUUCAGCUCCCAGUUCCAGUACCAGAACCGCAUUGCCUUGGAGUUCAAUCAGCUUUACCACUGGCAUUCACUCAUGCCCAACAGCUUCUUCAUUGAAGGAACAGAGAUCACCUAUGAUAAGUUUAUAUACAACACCUCCAUACUCACUCAGUAUGGAGUAGAGAAACUGGUGCAGGCUUUCUCAACUCAGCCAGCAGGACAGAUUGGAGGUGGACAUAAUAUGCCACAUAUUGUGGCCAGAGUUGCUGAAGGUGUCAUUAAAGAAUCCAGGCAACUUCGGGUACAGCCAUUUAAUGAGUACCGCAAAAGAUUUAACCUGAAACCAUACAAAUCAUUCUACGAAUUUACAGAUAAUAAGGAGAUUGCCCGCGAAUUGGAAGAGCUCUAUGGAGACAUCGACGCUUUGGAGUUUUAUCUGGCUUUGCUGUUAGAAAAGACAAGGCCUAUUGCAAUAUUUGGACAGAGCAUGGUAGAAAUGGGGGCACCGUUUUCCCUAAAAGGUCUUAUGGGAAACCCCAUAUGUUCACCUGAGUACUGGAAACCCAGCACGUUCGGUGGUCAAACUGGCUUUAAUAUUGUCAACUCUGCUACUCUUAAAAGACUAGUUUGUCUCAAUACUAAGUGGUGCCCAUAUGUAUCCUUCCAUGUUCCACCACCAGGUUAUCAGCAGAAAAACCCUGAUGGCUCUCAUGCAGAACUGUAGCUAUUAUAGCAAUGUGAGAGAUUUAGAGAUGCUAGAACCAGGCUGUCUGAGAUGCUUCACCCACUGUAUGUGUUUACACAGUCAGCUGAUUUUACAUUUAGAGCAUCAUUAUAUUUAACUACUGUAUUAUUACCUGCUAUAAUUAGUGCACUGUGCUGAAUAUUAUAAUAUGAAUUUUGGCACAUAUCUCUACUUGCAGCAACCUUAUGAAUAAGGUUGUCUUUUAUAUUUUUUUUAAAGCCCAGGGAGCUUCAAAAUGCCUUUUAAUUUAAAACUGCAUAUAGACUCAGCAAAAGGUGAAAUGUUCAAAUAUCUCCCUCUGUACUCUCUGGGGCAUUAAGCAAUUUCCCACAGCAUAACAGAACAGAACAUAGAAUAGUGAUACAUGUUUACAUAUCAGACACAAUGUAAUGUAUUGUAAUAACACUUGGGCAUAAAAGAAUCUUUGUGAGGUGCUAAUAUCACCCUAAAGCAGCAGAAUAUAAUCUACAUUCCUUUGUAGUGCUAUUCCUUUGUGCCAUACACUCACCAGCCCUGCUCAUACAUGCAGCUAUCCAAUCAUGAGAGAUAAAAUCAUGCAGAAACAGACAGGUUAGAAUUAGAGAAGACCAUUUCAGGGUUUCUCUACUGUAAGUGCGCAGGAAACUGAGGCAACAGUGGGAACAUCCUCAAAACUACACAGUAGUUUGGUUACUUCAGGUUUUUAGUCUUACAGCAGUGUGAAAAACAGGCAGUGUGCUCUUCUGCUGUUUUAGCACAUCUGCCUCAAAGUUUGACUUGUUGUUCAUAGAAAUGCUUUUUUAUUUAACACAGUUAUAAAGAAUGGGCAUGUGAAUUAUUGUAUCACACAGGAGCUUACUUAUUAUGUUCUGACCUGUCUUGCACCAACAGCUACCCCAGUGGUCAGAAUAAAACUCGUGACCAGUGUUUACAUGAUUUACUGUAAUGUACUUACAUUAGUGUGCAAGGGAUUGAGUUAUUAAAGAAGAUAUUGAGUGUAUGUGUCAUUUCUAGGAAUAGGCUUACAAUGUUUUUUUUUCCCCUAUAGGAUUGCUUGAGACUUUUUGGGGUUGAGAAAAAAGCCAUGCUUAGUCUUGAACCGUUUUCAAACAGACAUUAAUCAGUGAUGCUGUCAUAAGGUAAUUUGGUUCCAUGAGCAAACUGUUAUAUUGGCAAAUAACAGUUAGAUUUAUAUCAGUGAAUCCUGUAACCUGUAAUCAGUGCUUUGCCCAGUCAUGCACUAAAAGUAUUAAGGCGUGGGAUAUUGAAAGGUGUUUUUGUGAUGUAUGAUGACUGCCACUGAGACAUGUUUAUUACAGUAAAUGUCCUUUCUGAAGCACUGGUUUAAGGUUAGUUAAUAAGAGGUCAUUUGUAACUCAUUUUUAACUGCUGCAAUUGUGAGUAAAGUAUGAGGGUCUACUGGUGAUUUAACAGGAUAUGACAGCAGGAUUAUGACAUUUCUGGAUUGUUUUUUUAGUUGUUAUUUUUUGUUUGUAUUGAUUUUAUUAGUUGUUUACUCAAUUCUGAAUUCUGAGAGUGAAAGGUUUUUUCUGAAUUAAAUGGAUAGACCGAUGGGCAAUUUUAUUAAUAAAAUAGAUCUUUUUUAGAACUUA